AAAAUAACAAAACAAAUUAAAGAAAAAUACCCCAGUUUUAUAGACUACAAAAGAAUUUCAUACACUGUUCGUGUUCUAAAUUACGAACUUUUUGAAAAAAACAUGAACCUUGCUGUACAGCUGCACACCAAAUAUCCCCAACAUCUUAUUGGUUUUGAUGCAGUGGCUGAAGAAGACCAGGGCUACUCAACACUUCAUUACAUCAGUCAAUAUCUCUCUUUACAAAAGAACGGAGUCAAAAUUAUACCACUCUAUCUUCACGCUGCCGAAACGAGUUGGCCCGAUGACUUGAUUACCGGGCCGUUUGAAGACGAUCCGGUUUCCACCUUGCAAAAUGCCUACGAAGCUGUUUUGCUGAAUGUCAAAAGAAUUGGACACGGAAAGGGGUUUGUCAAAAAACCCUAUUUAAUGCAGUUGCUGAAGAAAAUGAAAAUAGCCGUUGAAGUUUGUGUUAUCAGUAACCAGAUUCUUGGUAUGGAUGCAGAUUUACGAAACCACUUUGGACAAAUCCUUUACAAGAACGGGGUCCCAAUAAUUCUUUCUCCAGAUGAUCCAGGUACUUUCGGGUACGACAAUUUUACCACCGAUUGGUAUCAAGCUUAUACGGGUUGGGGUUUAAAUCUGGGCGACCUGAAGCAACUCGCAGUCAAUUCUCUAACAUAUAACGGUAUGACAGAUGAAGAAAGAAAAAUCGCCAUUGAACAAAAAUGGCGUCCGAGCUGGGAAGCAUUCGUGAAUGAAGUUUCCAAUGAA